GACUGCAUGAAAGAACCCCGAGCCUCCUGCAUCCGGUUAUUAGCGGCUCGAUAGGUCGAGUGACAGCGAGCGUCCAGGUGUAAUUUCUUAUCUUCCCGGACCGAAACCCAGGCGAAUAAAGGACGGAUUAUAAAGUUCAGGGGACGCGACGGUGAAGUCUUCAAAUCAUGGCUAAUUUCGGCUAGGAUAAAUCAACAACAACAACACAUCUGCCUGAAAACAACAGCUGGAUGAAAACACCCCGGACCGAGCUGUCAUCCCCAGGGCAGCGUUCACUGGCGCGGGGAAUUCGGGGUCAUUAGCGUUGUCUAGAGCGAUGAUGUCACGCCUUUUCGUGGUCCUGCUCCUCCUCGGGGUCUCGGUCCGGGUCUCACAAAGCAUGAGCAGAGAGGAGAAGCACAAGCUGAGAAAUCAAGUCCUGGAGAUGUUCGACCACGCCUACCAGAAUUACAUGGACCACGCCUACCCAGCGGAUGAGCUGAUGCCUUUGACCUGUCGAGGUCGAGUACGAGGUUUGGAGCCCAGCCGAGGCGAUGUAGACGAUGCUCUGGGAAAGUUUUCCCUCACCCUCAUCGAUGCCCUGGACACUCUUGCGCUGUUGAAUAAGAGCGAGGAGUUUGAGGAGGCGGUGAAGCGGGUGGUGAAAGACGUACGGCUGGACAAUGACAUCGUCGUGUCUGUGUUUGAGACCAACAUCCGAGUGCUGGGUGGUCUCCUCGGAGGUCACUCCAUGGCGUUGAUGCUGAAAGAGAGAGGCGAGCGCAUGCAGUGGUAUCAGGACGAGCUCCUGCACAUGGCUAAGGACCUGGGACUAAGAAUCCUGCCCGCCUUCAACACCAGCAGCGGACUGCCUUACCCUCGAGUCAAUCUGCGUCAUGGGGUUCAGGGUCCUGAGACUCGGACAGGCACAGAGACGGACACCUGCACCGCCUGCGCUGGGACCAUCAUCCUCGAGUUCGCCGCGCUGAGCCGCUUCACCGGAGACCCCACAUUCGAGGUCCACGCGCGGAGAGCUCUCGACUUCCUGUGGGAAAAAAGACAAAGAAACAGCAACCUAGUAGGAACGACCAUCAACAUCCACUCGGGGGAGUGGGUGCGCCGAGAGAGCGGUGUAGGAGCUGGGAUUGACUCGUAUUACGAGUACCUGCUGAAGGCUUACGUUCUGCUCGGGGACGACCAGCUACUGCAGCGCUUUAAUAUACACUAUGCGUCUAUAAUGAAGUACAUCAGCCAGCCUCCUCUGCUACUCGACGUCCACAUCCACAAGCCCCUGCUGCCCGCACGCACCUGGAUGGACUCGCUGCUCGCGUUCUUCCCCGGCCUGCAGGUACUAAAAGGAGACAUCCGUCCGGCUAUAGAGACCCACGAAAUGCUGUAUCAGGUCACCAAGAAACACAACUUCCUACCUGAGGCCUUCACUACAGAUUUCAGGGUUCACUGGGCGCAGCAUCCACUGAGACCCGAGUUCGCAGAGAGCACCUACUUCCUUUACAAGGCCACCAGAGACCCGUAUUACCUGGAGGUAGGACGCACCGUUCUGGAAAACCUGAACCGCUUCGCUCGCGUCCCCUGUGGCUUCGCCGCCAUGAAGGACGUGAGGACGGGGAGCCACGAGGACCGCAUGGACUCGUUCUUCCUGGCCGAAAUGUUUAAGUAUCUGUUCCUGCUGUUCGCCGAGGAGGAGGAUUUGCCCUUCGACGUGGAGGACUACGUCUUCACCACCGAGGCGCACCUACUCCCCUUGUCGCUCUCUAUUACUCCUCGCUCACCACUGCCCCCUCCAGGCAAUGACACGGUGCUGCAACCUGAGGCACCGGCAGAGCUCGACGACUCCAACUUCGAGUGGACCUGUCCCAACACCCGCCUCCUGUUCUCUGACCCCGCCUACCCACGGAACCUUCGGGAGCCAAUCAGAAGUGCGGUGGAUAAGAGUUGUCCCCGCCCCACACACCCUCGAGAGCCAGGACUGGGUCGUGCCCCCCUGAGAGCUCAGGACUUUAUGGCUAAUAAACCUGAGCACCUGGAGCUGCUGAAGAGGAUGGGGGUCACGCUGAUCCACCUGAAGGACGGACGAGUGCAGCUGGUACAGCACGCCGCGCAGGCGGUGAGUGCCGUGGCUGCCGAGGACGGCAUGCGCUUCAUGCAGGAGAUGAUGGAGCUCUCCAGCCAGCAGCAGAAGGAGCAGCUUCCCCCCCGCGCCGUGCAGAUCAUCUCGCACCCUUUUUUCGGCAGAGUGGUGCUGACCGCCGGACCUGCGCAGUUCGGACUGGACCUUUCAAAGUCCAACUUAGGGGUGCGCGGCUACGUGGCGGUGGCGGAGCCGUACUCCGGUUGCGCUCCUCUGAACAACGCUGAGUUCGUGGCUGGACGUAUCGCUCUGCUGCAGAGGGGACAGUGCAUGUUCGCAGAGAAAGCCAGAAACAUUCAAAAAGCUGGAGCUAUCGGUGGAAUCGUCAUCGACGAUAACGAGGGCAGCAGCAGCGACACGGCGCCGCUCUUCCAGAUGGCAGGAGACGGUCGGAGCACAGACGAUGUCACUCUGCCGCUCCUCUUCCUGUUCCAUAAGGAAGGGAACAUCCUGCUGGAGGCCCUGAAGGAGCACAGGGAGGUGGAGGUGCUGCUCAGCGAGAAAGCCCGGGACAGAGACGCCAUAUUUAAGGGGAAAGCCCUGCCGGGCGCCCUGUUGGAUGGCAGUGGAGAUGAAACAGAGGAAGGUGAAGAGGACGAGGGCUGCUGCCAAGAGAACCAGGAUCACCCUGCCCCCUCGCCAACCCCUGACCAAUCACAAACCACCACUCCGGACCAAGAAGAAGCAGGCGAGGAAACGGGAACAAGGCAGGAGGAGGUGCUUAGCAACGACGUACCUCUGACCGUGGAUGAGGAGGAGCCUGUGGAGGACGACCAAUCGAUGGACUCCUUGAUGGCUGAUUGGCAGGAGGACUUGGAGGCAUUUAAACAGAUGGAGAAGGACGAACUUUGACCUCCAGGAACGGAUCGCAGAACAGAGCCAUAAUUAUAAAAAAAAAAAAAAAAGCAAGACACUUUAGGACACGCCCGGUGUACGGGACAGGACAGGAUAGAGGGACGAAGGCGUCAUUCUCAGGUGCUUUUUUUUUUUUUUUCCAGAGAGCAGAAACGCUCACCUGUACGAACGUGCAGGUUUUAAACUCCACCUGGAACCAAACUCAAGACCAAACUGUCUCGUCUCAUCUCGUCUCGUCUUACUGUGUGUCUUCCUCCUUCUAAAUCUGUGUUCGGUUUAGCGAUGGACGUCGAUUGGAAACACUGAUCGCUAAUGAUUAGGAGAGUUUACGCGGCUAUGUCACGAUUAUAGCUGGAAAAUCUAAACAUCAUGCGAACUUUUACGGAGCGAAUCGACUGUAUGUAUAUAUGUAUCUGAAGUACGUUUCCUUCUUGUGAUCAUGAAUCUUCAUUUAGUUUUUACUUUGUUUUGUUUUUUGCUUGUUGUCAAACUUACCUGUAAAGGAACGGUUCAUCUUAAAACCUUGUUUACGUGUUCAUACUUACACUUGUAUGAUUUUUAUUCUUUUUGCAUUGUCUAAAUUGGCACUCGAUCCAUGAAUCAGCGUCAGAGUAUCACUGGAAUCAAGACGCGCCAAGUAGUGACUAACUGAGCUGAAAUAAAGCUUAAAUAAGCUAUAAAUUUAUUUUAUUUUAUUAUAAGAAUGCGUCAAUCUGCUGAUGACUGAUAAUAUUCAAAUGAUGUCAGAUAGACGUCCUGGUCUGGUUUAAAACAUCUGGAAUCCAUGAACGAGCAAUGUAGCAGAGCAACGGAAAUUCGCAACGGUGUUUUAACUUUCUAGCGCCAUUUCACAAGCGAAAUCGUAGCACAAACGCUGACGCUAGAUUUCUAAACACAAAUUCUCGUUUUAUCUUUUACAGCACAGAAUUUUUUUUUUACUUCCAGUACGUUUUAUUAAAACGAAAAAACAUCCUGUGCUAAUUGAACCUUUUUUGUCGCAUCUGAGGUGAAUUUUUUUUUUUAACGUUUUGUUGAACCGUUCCUUAAGCACUCUUUAACUCCACAGCUUGUGUGUGUGUGUGUGUGUGUGUAUGCUGUGUGUUUUUGUCAGUUGAAGGAGGAAAAAAAAAAUCAACCCCAGUUGUCGACUCAAGCUGCUAACUUGAGAAGAAGCAUCUAAGGACCAGGCCUUGUGUUUGUCUUGAGCAUUAAUCAGUGAACCAUGUGAAUAGAAAAGCGACUCUUUACGGUUUUUUUUUCGCCAAACUGUGGACUCAAACACCCCUUUCAUCCUCCAGGGGGCGCCAAUCUCACACCACUCACUCAAAGAAUCAGGAGCGAAGACCAGGACAAAUGAAUAAUAAAAAAACAAUAAUAAUAAUAAUAACUGACGUUUUCACACUCAGUGAAUGAGACAAUAUGAGGAAAUGUGUGUGAACGGACGGGAUUGCGUGCACUGUGUGCAAUAAAAUGGUACAGGCAUGUUUCAUUUGAUCAGAA